AAGCAGUAAAAGCGGUCGCCUCACACAAGCGGCUGCAGCUCGACUCGAGAUCCCGUGGCUUUUAAUUCCCUCACUACUUUUUUUAAACCCUCCUUCGAUGCGCCCCGUUAUUACCAUUUGUCUGAGGCGUUCAUUUCCGCACCUGCCACGGUAGAGACCAGGCGAAGGCGAAGUAGAGGAGGAGACAAGGACAUAGCGAGAGCCGGGAGAGGCAGGCGGUAUAGAGAUAAGCGGCGGCAACUCGUUUGAGAUCUUAAAGGACAAAACAAAAAUGCUGCUCUGGACCAGAAUCGUCUUGGUCGCUCUCAUCUGCGUGUCCUUGGUGUCCUCUGGGAUGGGAUGCGGACCGGGCAGGGGCUACGGCAGGAGAAGACACCCGAAGAAGCUGACACCUCUUGCGUACAAGCAGUUCAUCCCCAACGUGGCGGAGAAGACCCUCGGGGCAAGCGGCAGAUACGAAGGCAAGAUCACAAGAAACUCCGAGCGAUUUAAAGAACUGACUCCCAAUUAUAACACAGACAUCAUAUUCAAGGAUGAGGAGAACACCGGUGCCGACAGGCUAAUGACUCAGAGAUGCAAAGACAAGCUGAACUCGCUGGCCAUCUCAGUGAUGAACCAGUGGCCCGGGGUGAAGCUGCGGGUCACCGAGGGCUGGGACGAGGACGGACACCACUUCGAGGAGUCCCUGCACUACGAGGGCCGCGCCGUGGACAUCACCACGUCAGACAGGGACAAGAGCAAGUACGGCACUCUGUCCAGGCUCGCAGUGGAGGCCGGAUUCGACUGGGUCUAUUAUGAGUCCAAAGCCCACAUCCACUGCUCUGUGAAAGCAGAAAACUCUGUGGCGGCAAAGUCGGGCGGCUGCUUCCCAGGCUCGUCCACGGUCACGCUGCAGGACGGCACCAAGAAGGCGGUCAAGGACCUGCAAAGCGGAGACAAGGUGCUGGCAGCGGACACGCACGGACAGCUGCUCUACACGGACUUCAUCAUGUUCAUAGAUCGAGACUCGGCGACCAGGAGGCUCUUCCACGUCAUUGAAACCGACGCGGGCCAGAAAAUCACCCUCACCGCGGCGCAUCUCCUGUUCGUGGGCCACAACGACACGUCCACGGAGGACGCGGCCAAGCGGAUGUCUGCGGUUUUCGCGAGCCAGGUCCAGCCUGGACAGAAGGUGUUCGUGUUCGACGCAGAGCGAAGUGGACUCCAGUCUGUGACCGUAAAACGGAUUUACACGCAAGAGCACGAGGGCUCCUUCGCGCCUGUGACCGUGCAGGGGACGGUGGUCGUGGACCAGGUCCUUGCGUCCUGUUACGCAGUGAUCGAGAACCACGAGCUGGCGCACUGGGCACUGGCACCGGUCAGGCUCGCCCACUGGGUGUCCUCGUUGCUUUUCAGCUCCCAGUACCAGGCCAGUGCGCAAAACGACGGCGUGCACUGGUAUUCCAAGAUCCUUUACCAGUUAGGAACAUGGCUCUUGGACAGUCACGCCAUCCAUCCACUCGGGAUGUCGGUAUACCCGAGUUGAAACCUCUGCCACAGAGGAGUGGGACUCAAAUGUAGGACACGUGAACUAUUCAGUAGAUUAAAAAGUUAAAAAAAAACAAAACAACAAAUAAAAAAUAGUAAUUAAAGAAAAAAACGAACAAAACAAGAGGCCCCAGCGGAGUUGGGAUAUUUAUUUCAGUGACUUUUCCAAGAUGUGUCCCCCCCGUCCGUCUCCAACCCCCCCUCCCCUCCCUCCCUCCCUUUCAAAGAAUGAAUGGAGCCUUAAAAAAGUUUCUCUUUGAAUAAUUUAUUCUCAUGUGAACUCGCUGCUGACUCACGAAUGGAUUCUGAAACGGUGUGAUCAGCGAAUUGUGCAUAUCUAUUUUUGUAUAUCUCAAAAUGUAAAAAAAAAAGAAGAAAAAAAAGAAGAAAUAAAUGUUCCAAAAAAAGAUGAAAAAAGAAAUAGCGCAAAGAGAGAGAAAGAAAGAGUGUGUAGAAACUUUGACAGGCUGCAAUGUUCAUAUGUGCAUAUAUGUGCAAACUGACUGUUAUAUUUUGGGGAGAACAAACUUCGCGGGGUUCCAUAAAUUAUAUUUUUAUACACAGAAUUGUAAAUUAGAUUUUGACAGAUCGCUACCGAAUCACAUUUCGUUAUUUGAAAUAGUGUAAGAUAUGAGAAUAUAUUUUAAUUUAAAUACAGUAGUUUGGGGGGAAGUAUUGGAAAACAAAAAUCUUGUAUUUGCUUGGUUUUAUUCAGAAUUGUAUUAUUUUAGAAACUGUUGGUUUUAAGUUGUCGGAGAGGGACAGAUAUUCUGCCUCGUGUCUGCAUUAUCUUUGCAUUUUUUUUGUUGAGUGUUUUCUGUUGUUUUUUUCCCCCUCGUUUUCUUCUGAGAGAAACAUUAAAAAAAUGCAGAUUCUGACAAUUCAGUAACAGCUACAGUAGAACUGAGACGGUUUCGUUGAGAUAAAUUAAUAAGUAACUCCCUGUAAAUGUACUAAAAAAAUGUAUUUUUCUUUUCAUAUUUUGUAAUAGGGAAAUAGUUUUAUAGAGAUGACCUGCGGCAGAUGCACAGUUUGGAUAGUCUAUAUAGGCAGACCAUACCAGUUAACUUUCAUAACAGGGCGAUGUGUCAAAAAAUGUCUAGAGUUUAUUAUUUAUAUGUUUAUUACAAAAAAUGAGAUAAAGAAAAUCUUCAAACUCGCAGUUGUUACAUGUCUUUGUUUGAGUGUGAAACACAUCUAACAGUGUUGUUAAAAUAUCUCUUUUCUUCCCAGCUGGGAAAUCCAGUAAAAAAAACAUCUUGAUUACAAGUAUUUAUUUUAUUUAUUCUUUACUAAAAUGGCGCUAAUGUGGCGCUUUGAAGUACCUUUUGCGUGCUUGCGAAAUGUGGAGAGUCCAUGUCGAAUUUAACGAGGUUUGCCCUCCGCAAAUAAUUCCCCGACUUUGCAGACAAAUUAAACAGAAGCGUGUUUGUUGGUUGGUCGGUUUGGGGUCAGAUUGCUCAUCAUCGGAGCCUCCACAGGAAACACAGCCACUGUGGGUCUGAAUCACAGCUCAGUAAGACAUGACUUAAUCUCAGCAAACACCUGUAAUCCCACAUUAUUCUCACAGGGACUAAUAGUGCGCAUGUUGCGCCUGAUAGUGAGGUUUCUUGAUAGUGAUGUACCCGCAUCUUGCUUAUUUUAUCACUCACAGCGUCUGUCUCCCACUGUCGCUUUCUUGAGCUGCGCAAGUGCGACACCCUGUGGCCAAUCUGGAUACUGCAGCACAGGAAAUGUUGAGAACACACUGUCAUUAAGCUAACAGCAUGACCUGUUAUUAAAGUAACUAUCUUAAAUGUA